AUGCGCCUUACCUUUCAACAGUCCAUACAGGACCCAACUGCCUCUGAGGCCAAUCUUGUGAUGGAUCUUGUGAGGGCCAAACGCGACGUUUAUCAAGCACAGAAGGCAUUGGCAGAUUGUGUAAUGCGGGAGAAUGAGAUGUUGGCAAGCCUGCUGAGAUUCCGUGCCGAAGAGGCGGAGAAGAGGUUGGACGACACAGAUAUGGGAUUGGGGUGCAUGAGAGUUAUGUUCAAGGAAAACGGGUGGACUCAUAUUUCUUCUUUGACUCGAACACCUGGAAGUCAUCUGCAACCCGAUUUUCAACUGCAAGUUGCUGCGAAGUCUCGCAGCUGUACUGUGGAACUAAACCUCACCGACGAAGAGAAAGCUGAACUGGAUAGUUAUUUGAAGUACGUGUUGGAAGUUGGACCGUCGCAGGCAAGCAAUGAAGACAGCUCAGCAUCUGAAGUAGAUUCUGUUGAUGCAUCCUAG